AGGCAGAUCAUUGUCAACGUGCUAAGCAUUCUCUCUUUUCGACCCAUACCAUCUCAACACCCACCCGCACCAUCAUCAUGGCUGACGCUGCACAACUCGAAAAGCACCUCUCUACUCGAGCCUACAUUGACGGCUACGAGCCCACCUCCGCCGAUGUCGAGGCUUACAACGGAUUGAAGAGUGCUCCUGACGCCAAGGAGUACCCUCACACUGCCCGAUGGUACCGACACAUUGAUUCUUGGAAGUCGGAGCACUCUUCCUUGCCCAAGGGAACCGCUCUCGCCGCUUCCUCCAGCUCUACCUCUGCUCCUGCUGCCAAGAAGGACGAGGAGGAGGCUGAGGCUGAGGACGAUGACGAGAUCGACCUCUUUGGAGAGGAUGAGGAGGAGGAUGCCGAGGCUGAGCGAGUCAAGGCUGAGCGAGUCGCCAAGUACAACGAGGCGAAGGCCGCCAAAGCCGCUGCCAACGCUGCUGCUGGAAAGGACGCUCCCGUCGCCAAGUCCGUCGUCACCCUGCAGGUGAAGCCUUGGGAUGAUGAGACUGACAUGGAUGCCAUGGAGAAGGACGUCAGGGCGAUUGAGAAGGAUGGUUUGGUCUGGGGUGCUUCCAAGUUGGUUCCUGUCGGAUACGGUAUCAAGAUGUUGCAGAUCACCUUGGUCGUCGAGGACGCCAAGAUCUCUCUCGAAGAAUUGCAAGAGGAGAUUGCCGAGCUCGAGGACUACGUCCAGUCCACUGAUGUCGCUGCCAUGCAAAAGCUUUAGAUAGAGGGGACUCGUCAUGCGAGCUCACGGAUAUGCAUUGGUGUCGAACGAGCUUUGAUUUAGUAUCAUGCCAUUGUUUCCGAUGGUCUGAGCCAUGGACUCUGAGCUCGGUGAUCAAAGGAAAACGCGCCAAGAUCGGGCACUUGGGGAUAAAAUAGCUAGCACAGGCAAUGACGAUGUCGUCGCCGUUGACAGCGUUGCGAAGUCAGGGCGUCGGUAGCGAAGUCUCUGAUACUGCGCAGUGUGUCGUUUGAGCAGUCUUGGAAUCGCCAGACACAGCGGUUAACAAGCCAUGUCAUCAAUCGCUUCGCGAGCUUCUCUUGUAGGAGAGGCGGAACCAGACGUCAGCGCAAGGUCGGUCUAGCCGGUCUCUGAAGCCCAGCGCAGUUUGAGCAUGCAGCAUGCAAGG